AUGGUGGGGGCGCCCGGCCUCAGCGGCGGCGCGGACGGCGGGCUCCGCGGGGGCCCGGGGCCGAGGCCGGAGCGCGGGGGGCGAGGGCCGGGGGCCGCAGCCGCAUGCCCGGCUCACAGCCCCCCUGGCCGGGCAGGAGGAGCUGGCGGCUGCGCUGGCCGGCGCCCCGCCACCACCAUCCCUCCCGCAGUGCUCGCAGCCGAGUCCCGGGGCUGCCGGGGGAUCGCGGCUCGGGACGGCCCCGGCGGGCGGCUCUGGGCCGGGGAGGGGCGGGCUGCGCGCUGGGGCCGCGACUUGGGCUCCGGGACGCGCCGCCACACUCUGCCCUCCGCCUCCGCCCCUUCCCUUCCUCCCUCCGGCCCGCCAGGCUCCACUUUCCUCCCUCCUCUCUCCUCCCCUUCUCCCCCCUCUAAGCCCCCGCCCGGCUGCCACACGGUCAGUUUACGGCGGGGCGGGGCGAGCUCCGGGCCGGGCCAGCUCCGCCCCGAGCGGGGACCCGCCCGGGGACGCGGAGCCCGGGGCGCCCAGGUGCAAGUCCCUUACGCCGCGCUUACUGGGGGCCCCGGGGGAGCGAAGUCGCUAAGGAGGGUCUCGCUCUGCUUUCUUAGCAGCCUGGCGCCAGGGGGAAAGACGGGCACGCUCCAAGGGGCGAACCGUGAUUACUUUGAAUUGCUAGACUUCGAGACGGAGAGCAGGACUGCACCUGGAAAGUGCUGCAAUCAAGUCUGCCCCUAUUGCAUCCCACCUGGUAGUUCCCAACCUGCCCAGACCUGCCAUAAGCCGAGUCCCAAAUGAUGACAACAUUCUUCCAUGCUCCAUUAUCUUAGAACUAUUUUGCAAAUGCCUUUUCUAAUUCCUCUGAAGCUUUUUGUUUCUAGUUUGCGCCUUUUACCCUGUCCUAGAACUCUUCAUUUCAUUAUGCUGGGGGGUGGAAGUGCCCUUCAAAUGCUUUGCCUUCCUCUAAGGGGCAGAGUCAGGGUGUACAGAUGCACCUGCUCAGAAAGGGAGACCCGCAGCAGUGCCCAAGGCGUCUGGAACGGCUUCCCUUGUAGCUGCUGGGAGCACAUCCCAUUGCCGAUCACUGCUGAGCUGCCGGGCCCAAAGGAGACCCCUGGUUGGCUUGGGGUUCACUCUCAAGGUUUGAGCAAGGAUAACCCAGAGAAAUGUUAUGUGUCUUCUAGUGUUAAAACAAGAUUAGUUCUUCAAAAAGUUAAACACAGAAGGGCGCCUCGGUGGCUCAGUCGGUUGAGCAUCCGACUUGGGCUCAGGUCAUGAUCUCACGGUCUGUGAGU